AAUGUUUUAACGUAUAUGUUUUAACUUUUUAAGCGUGCGUGAUAGCUGAUAUCCGUGCUAUAAAUGUCUGUUGUAACAUUGCAGCUUGGGCAGUGCGGGAAUCAAAUUGGAAGCGAACUGUUUAAUCUUUUAGAGCAAGAUGCAACACAACUCAAUCUCUCGCGUUACUUGUCAAAAGGACUCGACAAAAAAUGCUGCAAUGAAUACGAAGAGGAAAGUACUGGCAGAUUUUUUACACGUCWUGAAGAUGGCAWAYUGAAUGCCAGAGCUGUCUCCAUUGAUAUGGAGUCAAAAGUUAUCAGUCAAACAAUGGCUGAAGCWCGCAAAACAGGCAARUGGAGUUACCCAAAAGGACAGCAGUUCAGUCAAAAACGUGGCUCAGGAAAUAAUUGGGCUCAUGGCUUUUGUGAGCACGGUCCAAAAUCUAUAGAAAUCAUAUUAGAGAUGGUACAAAAAGAAGUUGAAAAGUGUGAUAGAUUAGAUGGUUUCCUGGCAUUAAUGAGCCUAGCUGGGGGAACUGGYUCAGGGGUAGGAGCUUAUGUCACAAACUCUUUGAGAGACUUUUAUCCUCAUUCCUUUAUUCUAAACCAUGUGGUGUGGCCAUUUGGAAUGGGAGAGGUGAUAGUGCAGAACUAUAAUGCUUUAUUAACUCUCUCACAGCUUUAUAAGUCAUCAGAUGCAAUUGUUAUAGUAGAGAAUGAUAAACUUCAAAGAAUUUGCUCAAGACUGAUGAACAUUAAGCAUAUUUCAUUUGGGGAUAUUAAUAAGCURAUAUCACACAAAUUAGGAAGUGUUUUACAGCCUGUAAAGUUGUUCAAUGCAGAACAAGGUGAACAGUCUCUCAAGAAAGCAAUGUUUGCACCUAGUUUACUGGGAGAAAUUAUUGAGCAUUUAUGCCCACAUCCAGAGUAUAAACUUUUAAGCUUAAGAAAUAUCCCUCAAAUGGCUGAAGCAUCUUUGGAGUAUAGUUGUUAUAGUUGGCCAGGAUUAUUGAAGCACUUGAGGCAAAUGUUGAUAGCAGAUGCUUCUAUGGAAGAAGGCAUUGAUUGGGAAGUAAGACUACCUACUCCCUUGGGAUUAGAAAGAGAUGGUCAGCCUAAAGAACACACUGCAAAAACCAAUCAACAUCUAAAAGAAACUUUCAACAAGUCCAUUGCAAAUAUGGUGGUAAUGAGAGGCAAAGAUGUCCACUUGGCUGAUCCAUCUUCCUUUAAGAAUCCAAACCUUUAUGUUGAUUGGAAUCCACCAGACUCUUGUAUUACAAUGUACUGUCAUCCAAAACCUUUUAACAAUUACGAGAAGUCAUUGACUUUACUUAGCAACAGUCAAACUCCUGUGCGAUCAUUAAAUUCUGUGGUAGAAAAAGCUUGGAAUAUGUUUGCUUCAAGGGCCUAUGUUCAUCAGUAUUUAAAGUUUGGGAUUUCAGAAGAUGAGUUUGUUGACAGCUUUGCUUGUCUGGAACAAGUGAUAAAAAAUUAUUCUUCUCUUUGACUUAAUUGCAUCUUCUAAUAUGUGUCAUAACUUUUUACCAAACUAUUUAUUAUGCCAAGAAUGCAAUGUAUGAAUUAUGAUUGAUUACUAAGACUUGUCAAAUAAAUUGUUGAAUUUAAAACAUCAUUACACCACACCCAUUGCUAGCAUUAAGUUUUUGAAAUUUAUAUUUGGAUGAUGCAAGAAUUCAAGAAUUAUUACAUCACUGGCAUGCAAUGCAUUUUGAACAGUGAUAUGAAAUCCACUCAAAUUCAUGCCAAACACCAAACACCAAACACCAAAUAGCUAAAUGACAUGGUUAAAUCACCUAUAUGUGGUGUGAUCCAACAUACGCGCAUUGGAAAUAGGCCUUUUCUGAGAAAGCAGUUUGCAUUGCAUUGUGGUCUUGAUUUGGUACAAACAUCUUUUGUUCAUGUUGCUAAAUAUGGCGUUGUUUGUGCCGAAGCUAGACCACAAUGCACCAUGAUUUUGUAUUUUAGCUGAAAUGGUCUAUAGGAGCAGCUGUAGGGGAAGGGGCUUCAAACUUUCUUUCUCUCCUCUCCCUUCUUAGGCUCUCUAUUCCACUCUGUCAAUUCAUUUUAAAAUUACUCAUGAUUACACAAAUAGAUGUAUAGAUACGGCAAACACUAAAAUCAUGAAAAAUACAAAAAAACAAAUAAUGCAAAUUUUGUAAUAUGUAUAAUAUUGUAUAGAUUAGAAAAUAGAAAACAAAGUAAUUCACAGAGCAAUUUAGCACAUUCAAACUUGAGCAUGGUGCUUAUGAUGGUGAUGGUGAUAAGUGAAUUUGUUUCUGAUGUAUAUUUUUACUCUGGUGUCUUAAAUUCUCUGAAUAUCAUUGCAAACUGUGUAUAAAUUAAUUAUAAAUCAAUAAAUACUUUAU